ACCAUUCAACCUUGUUUCUUGAAAACCCCCCAUUGAUCCGUCAUUCUUCUCUCUAGCCACCCAAAAUUAUUUUGCCUUCAUGGAUUCUCCUGAUAGAUAAGCUUAUGAGAUGGAAAGAGAAGCUUAUGAGAGGCAAAAAGAAGCCAAUGAUAGGCAAUUGGAGCAUGAGUGUCAACUUGAGCAUGAAUACCUUGAGAUGUUCAUGAUGUGCGCAAACCAUCCUCACCACCAUCAAGCAACUUCAUCAUGUGGCAGUUCAUCGAUCAAGACUAAAAAAAGUGAGACGUAACAAACAAUAAGGUCACAAGCUCUUGAUGCAAGACUACUUCAACCCAAAUCCAACCUACGAUGCUAAGGCCUUCACAAGGCAAUAUUGGAUUCCCCCUGGCUUAUUCAACUGAGUCAUGAACGAUAUUGUUCAGUACGAUGACUACUUCAAGCAAGGGCUAGAUGUUGUUGGUCGUGACUCAUUCUCCCCACAUCUGAAGCUUACUUCUGCGUUUGGCAUGCUUGCUUAUGGAUGCUCGACAUACUCUUUGGAUGAAACAUGUCGAAUUGCUGAGAGCAUCGUACUAUUGUGUCUGAGGAAAUUUUUCUCGGCUAUCACCAGCACUAAUUAUGCUCAAUACUUGCAUGCACCAACUGUAGAUGAUAAUCGUCACCUCCUUCAUCAUGUUGCACAACGUGGCUUCCCGCACAUGAUUGUUUCUAUCGACUGCAUGCACUGGGAGUGGAAGAACUGUCCAACUGGGUGGGCAGGCCAAUUCACUGGUCACAAGAAGAAACCUAAAAUUUUCCUCGAAGUUGUGGCAUCGUACAACACAUGGAUUUGACAUGCCUUCUUUGGAACCCCUAGAUCAAACAAUGAUAUCAACACUCUAGGAGUGUCUCCAUUAUUCCAUCAAGCAGCUCGAGGACUGGUUCCCAAGGUCACUUAUGAGGUAAAUGAUCAAACGUACGAUCAAUGUUAUUACUUGGUUAACAGAAUUUAUCCUGAGUGAGCUACAUUUGUGAAGACUAUUGGCAAUCCAAGUAACCAGUAAAAAAAGUUGUGUGUCAGGUGUCAAGAGGCUUACCGGAAGGAUGUUGAGAGGGCCUUUGGCAUAUUUCAACAAAGAUGGGUCAUUUUCAGGGUCCCUAGUCGUCUCUGAGAUGUGCAAACCCUUGGUGAUAUCAUGUUAACUUGUAUUAUUAUGCAUAAUAUGAUAGUGGAAUAUCAGCAGUAUGAGUAUGAGAAUGGAGAAAAGGUGAACAUUGAGUACGAGAGUAAUCCAAAUGUCACAUGGGAGCCACCAGAAUAAAACAUUCCUACUCUU